AAAACUGACAGCUUCUGUAAAUAUUUUGAUUUAAUUUCAUGAUUUGAUGCUUUUGUAAAUUGAAAUUGUGUGAAAUAGUUUUUUGUUUAAUUAACGGUGUUAGUUAAAAUAUUUACACAUGUCCUCAAUGGCUCUUACCAAAACUGUCGAUCAAGCAACUAUUUUAAGCGGUGACCGAUCAAAGCUUAAGGAUUUGCUAUGCAAUCGUCUCGCUGAAUGCGGAUGGAAAGAUCAGGUCAAACUAAUGUGCCGUAAUAAAAUAAGAGAAAAUGGUGGAAACAUCAAGAUCGAGCAAUUAGUAGCAGAGGUAACUCCAAAUGCUCGUUCCAUAGUUCCGGAUGCCAUCAAAAAGGAACUUCUAAUGAAGAUCAAAGCAAUACUUGCUGCACAAGAAGGUCUUGAUAUUUAAAACAAUUUAAAAUAAUAAUUAUUCAUAAAUUCAAUAGAUGAGUAGAUUUUAAAUUUUAAUCCCUCUAAUAAACACAAAAUAAAUAAAAUAAAUUGUUUUGAACGCAAACAACCAAA